AAGAACAAAUCGAAAUCUCAAACUCUAUGAAACCUCGUACUCCUCCUUCGGUUUCUGCUUCAAUAGAUGUUUGAUUUUCUCUGGGACUACAUUCGUUUACUAUGGAUCCUGAAAGUGUCAUGGUGGCUGAUGGGACUGAACCUGCUCUUGUAAAUGGUGGUUUAACUAUGGAAAAUGUUGUUACUUCGGGCGAAACCUUGGAUGCUACUUUAGAAAGUCAGAAUGAGAAUUCAGGAGAUAGUUCCACUUUGGAUGCAAUUGAACACUCUAAAGAGGUUGCAGCUGAGGGUACACAAGUUGAAAAUGUAGAUGAGCCAAAGAGUACUAAAUGCCAAAAGGCUCAAAGGAAGCUAAAGCAUGAGAAAGUAUCAGGUGGUAAGAAUGUUCCAUCGGUUCAUAUCAAAAAGAAGAAAGAGAACAAAAGUGCAGAUGCUAAAGUUGCAGUAACAAAUGGUUCUGUUGUUCCUAAUGCACACAUCACAACAAAGUCUCCAAAGAGCACAUCACUUAAUUGCAGAGAAGCUCAGCUCACUGAGCAUGGAAAGCAAGAAUCUGCACCUGCUGAAAGCGCCACCGGGGACAAGGUGAAAGCAAAGCCUCAAAACAAACAAGUCCAUGAAACAUCUGAAGAUGAUACUCAGUCUUCUAAUAGCCCGCAAGCAGACGAUGGAAAACCUCGUAAAGUUGGUGCACUUCCAAAUUAUGGGUUUAGUUUCAAAUGUGACCAACGUGCUGAAAAGAGAAGAGAGUUCUAUGUUAAGCUUGAGGAAAAGACUCACGCGAAAGAAGAGGAGAUUAAUAACAUGCAAGCCAAGUCCAAGGAAACACAAGAAGCUGAGCUUAGGAAGCUAAGGAAGAGCUUGAACUUCAAAGCCACACCCAUGCCUAGCUUUUAUCAAGAACCUCAGCCACCUAAAACAGAGUUAAAGAAGAUACCACCAACAAGACCCAAAUCUCCAAAACUUGGACGAAAGAAGACUGAUUCUGAAGAAAGUCAAACACCUCGCCUCGGUAGACUGAGCCUAGAUGAGAAAGCCUCUAAAGAUAACUCAACUUCCAAGGGUAUUGUGCCAACAGUUGAUCACAAGAAGCAACCGUUGCGCAAUUCACUUCCAAGAUUGCCAUCUCAAAAAACAGCUCUCCCCGAUGGAAAAGCCGCUGCAACCUCAGCAAAGGUGAAACCUGAAAGAAAGAAACCUGAAAAAGAUGCAGAAACUAUAAACCAGUCUUCACAUUCUAUAGAAGAGGAAGCAAAAGUGAUAGUAUCAUCAUCCAAUGCUGAUGCAGAAAACUCACAUGAGAUUGUAUCUCCAGGGAUGAAUGAAGAAAGAGCUGAGUCCAUUGAGGUAUCUAAAGUGGUUGCUGUUGAGCACUAAGAUAUACUAUUACUCUCAAGACUCAUCUUGCAUUAAUUAAGGAGGACAAGAGGAACAUAAAUCAUAUAUAUAAUAUUUAUAUAUUAAGUGUCUUCGACAAAAAAAAAGUGUCUUCGACCAGAAACUUAUCUGAGAAGAAAUGGGUAAAAGUGUGAAAAAGAAUCAUAUGGGUUUCAAAAGGUUACUGCUUUCAAAUAUGUCUAUGUUUGAUGGUGCUGUUGUUAAUCUUUAAGUUGGUUUUUUAUGACAAGAUCGUUUCUUUUUCUUUUUGAUGCUUUGAUUUUUAAAAUGUGAAUAUUCAGGAGGUUAUGCGAUUCGCUCUGUGUAUUCUUUCUCUACUUUGUACAAUUUCUUUGGCUAUGUAACUUUUGUCCCAC